GUUGUGGUUCUUCUCGCUGCUGUCGCCGCUCCUGUCGCCUCCUCCGACUCCGCCAUGGCGUCCUCUUUGGCCGACGUGAGCUGGAAAAUGCUGGAGCUGAGGGCCCGCUCCAAGCGUUCAGUGUAGCCUGAGACGCUUGUGGUUAGCUGCAGCAGCUUGAAAUGGCCAGUUUGGAUGCUGACACAGCCACCUCCGCCCGUGCUUUCUCGUGGUGCGGCUCCGUGUACGAACCUAUGAAAAGCAUUAACCUUCCAAGGCCCGAUGGAGAGAGCGUGUGGGAUAAGUUGGAUCAUUACUACAGAAUUGUCAAAUCAACAGUGUUGCUGUACCAAAGUCCAACCACCGGUCUCUUUCCCACCAAAACGUUUGGUGACAACCAAAGGGCGAAAGUGCACAACAGCCUGUACUGCGCUGCAUCUGCCUGGGCUUUGGCACUUGCAUAUAGGCGCAUUGACGAUGACAAGGGAAGAACCCACGAGCUGGAGCAUUCCGCUAUAAAAUGUAUGCGAGGGAUUCUCUACUGCUACAUGCGCCAGGCUGAUAAGGUUCAACAAUACAAACAAGACCCUAAGCCCUCCAAAUGCCUCCAUUCUAUUUUCAGUGCCCACACUGGUGAUGAAGUCCUUUCCCAUGAUGAAUAUGGACAUCUUCAGAUAAAUGCUGUGUCGCUGUUCCUCCUCUACCUGGUGGAAAUGAUAUCAUCUGGCCUGCAGAUUAUCUACAACACAGAUGAGGUAUCCUUCAUCCAAAACCUGGUGUUUUGUGUGGAAAGAGCAUACCGUGUCCCAGAUUUUGGAGUGUGGGAAAGAGGAAGCAAGUAUAACAAUGGCAGCACCGAACUGCAUUCAAGUUCUGUCGGGUUAGCAAAAGCCGCCCUAGAAGCAAUUAAUGGAUUCAACCUCUUUGGCAAUCAGGGCUGCUCCUGGUCUGUCAUAUUUGUAGAUCUUGAUGCCCACAAUCGGAACAGGCAGACUCUUUGUUCAUUGCUUCCCCGAGAAUCCCGAUCUCACAACACUGAUGCUGCUCUCCUACCCUGCAUUAGCUAUCCAGCCUUUGCCGUGGACGACGACGCUUUGUACAGCCAAACAAUCGAUAAGGUGGUCAGGAAGCUAAAAGGGAAAUAUGGGUUCAAGCGGUUUUUGAGGGAUGGCUAUCGAACCGCUCUGGAGGACAAAAAUCGCCAUUACUAUAAACCUGCAGAAAUUAAGCUCUUUGAUGGAAUCGAAUGUGAAUUUCCUCUCUUCUUUAUUUUCAUGAUGAUCGAUGGAGUUUUUAGAGGCAACACAGAGCAAGUGAAAGAGUAUCAGCAGCUUCUGGAUCCUUUGCUGCAGCAGACCCCAGAAGGCUAUCCUGUUGUGCCUAAGUACUACUAUGUGCCAGCAGACUUUGUGGAACUGGAAAAGAAAAACCCUGGCAGCCAGAAACGAUUUCCUAGCAACCACGGGCGGGAUGGGAAGCUCUUUUUGUGGGGACAAGCCCUUUAUGUCAUCGCAAAACUUCUUGUUGACGGUUUAGUAAGCGCUAAAGAUAUCGACCCGGUGAAGCGUUACAUACCUUCCCAAGAUCAACGCAACGUUAGCAUGAGAUACUCAAAUCAGGGCCCUCUUGAAAAUGACUUGGUGGUCCAUGUUGCAUUGAUUGCUGAAAGCCAACGCCUACAGGUUUUCUUGAACACAUAUGGAAUCCAAACACAGACUCCCCAGCAGGUAGAACCCAUCCAGAUAUGGGCACAGCAGGAACUUGUGAAGGCUUACUUCCACCUGGGGAUCAAUGACAAGCUGGGCCUCUCGGGAAGACCGGACCGACCGAUUGGCUGCCUCGGGACAUCAAAGAUUUACCGAAUCCUGGGCAAGACGGUUGUCUGCUACCCAAUAAUUUUUGACCUGAGUGAUUUCUACAUGUCCCAGGAUGUUAUGAUGCUGAUCGAUGACAUUAAGAAUGCUUUGCAGUUCAUUAAGCAGUACUGGAAGAUGCAUGGCCGCCCCUUGUUCCUCGUGCUUAUUCGGGAGGAUAAUAUAAGGGGAAGCAGAUUCAAUCCGAUACUAGACAUGUUGGCCGCCUUUAAGAAAGGAGUAGUUGGAGGCGUGAAGGUUCAUGUCGAUAGGCUGCAGACAUUAAUUUCUGGAGCAGUGGUUGAACAACUGGACUUCCUAAGGAUCAGUGAAACAGAUGAGCCUCCAGAGUUCAAGAGCUUCGAAGAGCUCGAUCUCCCAAAACAUUCAAAAGUCAAGAGACAAACCAGCACACCAAAUGUUACUGAACUGGAACAACAGCCAGAUAUUAAUGUGAAUGACUGGAAAAACAAGUCAACUUAUGAGAUUCUUCAGAAACUGAAUGACUGCAACUGCCUCGCAAGUCAAGCGAUUCUACUGAACAUUUUGCUCAAAAGGGAAGGCCCGAAUUUCAUCACCAAGGAAGGCACCGUCUCUGAUCACAUUGAAAGGAUCUAUCGAAAAGCUGGCAGCAAAAAGCUCUGGUCUCUUGUGCGCUUCGCAGCAAGCCUUUUAUGUAAACUAGUGGACAGCCUUGCCCCAUCUAUUACUAAUGUUUUAGUUCAGGGCAAACAGGUGACUCUUGGGGCAUUUGGCCAGGAAGAAGAAAUUAUAUCGAAUCCCUUGUCUCCUGGCGCAAUUAAGAACAUCAUCUACAACAAGUGUAAUUUGCAGGACGAGAGGGAAGCUGUUCUCCAGCAAGAGCUUGUCAUUCACAUUGGCUGGAUCAUCUCCAACUCCCCUGAAUUUUUUAACGGCAUGCUGAAGAUACGAGUGGGGUGGAUCGUGCAUGCCAUGAAGUACGAGCUGAAGAUCCGCGCCGGGGAGUUGGCUCCUGUCGACUUGUACCAGCUGUCACCCAGUGAAGUGAAGCAGCUUCUUCUGGACAUUCUUCAGCCGCAGCAGCAAGGAAGGUGCUGGCUGCACAGACGGCAGAUUGAUGGCUCCCUAAACCGAACCCCCAGCGGGUUCUACGACAGGGUGUGGCAGAUUUUGGAGAGGACCCCCAACGGUUUAAUAGUAGCUGAGAAAUUUUUGCCGCAGCAACCAACCUUGUCUGAUAUGACGAUGUACGAAAUGAACUUUUCCCUUCUGGUGGAGGACAUGUUACAAAACAUUGAUCAACCUGAAUACCGGCAAAUAAUCGUAGAGUUGUUGAUGGUUGUCUCUGUGAUUCUGGAAAGAAACCCGGAAUUAGAGUUUCAGGAUAAAGUGGACUUGGACAAACUGGUGAAAGAAGCAUUUCUUGAUUUCCAGAAGGACCAGAGCAGACUCAAAGGAACUGAAAAACAAGACGACAUGACGUCCUUUUACAACACUCCUCCGAUUGGGAAAAGGGGAACCUGCAGCUACCUGACAAAGGCGGUGAUGAAUCUGUUGCUGGAAGGGGAAGUGAAACCCUGUGCCGACGACCCGUGUUCCAUCAGCUAAAGCCGGCGGCGCCAGGUGGAACUCAACCUGACUUGUGUAGGGCCGCGUUGAUGUUUGGCAUGUGCUACCUAAUUGUUCCUUGUCAAGGGGGAGGCCUGGAAACGGUCACUGCGAUAAGCUCAGGCGCUUUAGAAUAGCAAAGACCACAGCUGAUUCUGUGGCAGCCAAAAAGCACGUUUAAUCAAGAAGCGGUCCUCUCCCCCCACCACCCCGUAGGUUUCCAAUAGCAACCUGCACGUUCCACUUAAGCGUUGCAUUCGUACAUUGGCACAGGGAAUGCAUGAAAUGCGCUGUAGCACAUACUGAUUAAGACCUUGGCUAUGCUCGAAGAAUCAACUGGGUUUAUGGGUUGGGUUUGUUCGUUUCUUUUUGGUCAAGCAUUGUUUACGAACAAUUGCAGUGGCAAAAUGUAUUUAUUUAAUAGCAAACUAAAUGAGCACUGCAGAUUUUUUUUUCCAUUUCUCGCUCUCCUUCCCCCUCCCCCCCCCAAUAAUUUGUAUUGUAAUUCAUUAUUGAAUGGCUACAUUAUGAAUGCUGGAUGAAACAAGCAUAAAUUUAAAAAAAUCAGCAGGAGUGUGUUUGAUAUUGCUUUGUUUGUUGCUCUGAGGAAGUUGCUGUGACUUUGGACUUUGCGUGUUCCAGCUAAACUUCUAAGGUGUUUUUAAAAAAAACCCCAAAACCCUACUCUAUUAAAAAUAUACAAAUUUGCUUUAAAA